CACCAAUAAAAAAAAUCUCUUUUGUUUUAGAACACAACUACAAAAAGUCAAAAACUAUAACAUGUUGUCUCAGAUUCACCUUUACUAUUUUUCUCUCAUACGUUGCAUGUUGCUAUCUUUCUCGUGGUUAUUUGAGUAAUUGGUAUUUUCUUGUUACCACUUUGUUCAUAUCUAGCAAUCACACAUAUGACACAUCUACUUGAAAUUAAUGACAGUUACAGUUCUAAAGAAGCAAAAACUAUUGAAAACAUGUUUUGUUUCUUCUUAUUAUUAUCAAUUGACGUUUUGUUGAUCACUUUGGGCCUUGGGCUGCCAAGGAAAGUUAUGGAUAUUUUGAUAACAUCUGAGGUACCAUGUUUAAAAAUUAAAAUGACCGAACCUGAUGCAAUCGAACCGGUUAAUUAAACAGAACCGGAAUCGUUAAGGAAAUAACCCAAAAUCUCUGAAACACACGCCACGAGAACAAUUACUUCCAACGGAGAAUGGCCUCAAUUGUCGGAAUUCGAACAAGAUUCCUGAGUUUCGGGAAGCUUUCACAAAUCUCUUCUUCACUGUUGAGAAUACACAAUCCUCGUAAUCAUCAGAAUCCUCUUAUUCUCCCUCUUCCUUGUUUCUCUGCCGCUCCUAGUCGUCAUCGUCCUCUGAUUUGGCUUCGCUCAUCUCCGCCUGUGUCCUCGAUGACCACUCAGGCUGAAUCUGGGUCUUCCCAGCAAUCCGAUUCUUCCAAAACGGUGAGAGUGGUGAUAAAGGGAAGAGUACAGGGAGUGUGCUACAGAAACUGGACUGUUGAGAACGCUGAGCAGCUGGGGAUAAAGGGAUGGGUUAGGAACCGCAGGGAUGGUUCAGUGGAAGCACUCUUUUCAGGACCACCUGAAGCUGUUGAUGAGAUGCAUCAGAGGUGUCGCCGUGGUCCUCCUGCAGCCAUGGUUACCGGUUUGGAGGCUUUCCCUUCCACUGAAGAACCUGGAUCAAGUUUUGAAUACAGAUCAACCGUCUGAUUGAUUCACUAUUGAGAGAGAGGGAGAGAGAGAGAAAGAGAUGAUUUUCUAAAAGUUGCAAUGAUUAUAGAUGUCUGGAAAAGCUGUAACCAAGGCUUUUAGAUUAAACAAACAUUCCAUGUGUAUAUGUUUGUUAUCUACGGGUAGUUAGUUGCAGCAGAUUCUGAGACAGUGUAUUUACAGAACAAUGAGCAAUGUGAUGAAAAAGAGUGUGUUCUUCUUCUUUCUUGCCUUCUCUUUCCAGUUAGGCAAAUAUCUUCC